AUGACGGAAAAUGUUGGGACAUCCUCAAAUUUUCAUGUCUCGCCUACUUUUGGUGCAGAUGAUUUUCAGGAAAAUAUUACACAAGAUGAACCCAUUGAUCCUGUGAAUAUCGAUGAUCGUGACCUUCCUAAUUAUGGCUCACCUUCAGCUAGUGAUAGUGAUGAUUUGCCUAAUGCCGAGGAAUCAGGAGAUAAUGUUCCAUUUGAGGCAUCAUCUAGUGAUGAUGAUUUUUCGACUCUCAAUCGAUCGCCAAGACCAAUGUCCAUGAGCCCGUUUCGUAAUCAUGAAAUUCCUUAUCUUGAUCAUCUCCCGGAUGGUUCAGAUAUCUUUGGUGAUACAUAUGAUGAGUAUACAUCACAACCUACGUGGCAUGAACCAGAAGAUUUCAUGAGUGGUACUAUUUAUAUUGAAAAAGGCAUGUUAUUCAAUUCAAAGAAGCAGUUGCAAAGAGCAGUUAAACUUCUACAUUUGAAAGUAGCAAGGGAGCGUGUAGAACAAGGAUGCCGAUUUAGGUUGACUUCUUUUAUUGAUAAACAUACAAACAUGUGGAAAGUUGGAAGAUACAUUGAAGAACAUACAUGUGAUAUGGGUACAUGUCGCGAAGGACAUUUCAACUUGGAUGUUGAGAUGAUUGCUAACGUCCUCCGUGUUGAUAUAGAAAGAACGCCAAGGUUUCCCAUCAAAGACUGUCAAACAGUCGUUCUUAAAGCAUAUGGCAUUUCGAUAAGUAGAAGAAAAGCCUAUCUUGGUCACAAGUGGGCUUUUGAAAAAGUCUAUGGUACUUGGGAGGGUUCUUUUGCCGAGUUACCGAGGUUCAUGGAAGCUUUGAAACACUUCAAUCCUGGAACAAUAGUAGAAUGGAAAACAGAGCGGCAUGUCGAUGUCAUUGAACAUGUAUUCAACUAUGUGUUUUGGGCUUUUAAACCAUGCAUUGAUGGGUUUGUGCAUUGUCGUCCUGUUAUAUCGAUCGAUGGAACACAUGUCUAUGGAAAAUAUGAUAUCAAGUUGUUGAUUGCGAUUACAAUAGAUGGUAACGGCUCUAUAUUACCUUUGGCAUUUGCAAUAGUUGCAAAUGAGAGCAUAGAGACAUGGACUUUAUUUUUGGAUCAUUUGCACUUGCACGUUGUCAAGGGUCAUAGAGGGGUCACAUCGAUAUCAGAUAGGCAUCACGGAAUACUCUCAUCCGUGUAUAAUUCUUCGAAUUGGCAGGCUCCAUUUGGGUUUCAUUGUUUUUGUUUAAGACAUUUGAAGGCCAAUUUUCAAAAAAAUUCAAAAAUAUCACUUUGA